AUGGAUUCACCAGCAGUAUCCAAGAGCCACGAACUUCCCCUAUCAUUAGAAGGUUCGGAUUGCCAACUUUCUAAUAACGGAACGGGCGAUCUUGAGAAGACUGUUGGAAGUACACCUGCAGAGCCAGUAGAGGAAAUUCGCAAGAUCAAGGGGUUUAAGUGGUUUUUAUUCAUUGUGAGCACACUGACAAGCAUAUUUGUAUAUGCUCUAGAUAACACGAUUGUUGCAAACAUUGUCCCGGCUAUUGUUAGGACAUUUCAUAAUACCGAUGACCUACCAUGGCUCUCUGUCGGUUUUAUGAUUGGUGGAAUGGCUAUCGUUCUUCCCCUUGGAAGACUUUAUGCCCUGUACGAUACAAAAUGGGUCUAUAUCAUUUCAACUGUUAUCUUCAUGGCUGCCUCUGCGUUAUGUGGUGCUGCUCCCACUAUGGACGCCGAGAUAAUUGGCCGCGUCUUUGCCGGAGCCGGGGGCAAUGGAAUGUAUUUUGGUCUGCUGGCUCUUAUAUCUAUCAAUACCACAAGCAGGGAGAGGCCACAGUACCUAAGCUUGACGGGUUUGGUAUGGGGACUGGGAACUGUCCUCGGACCAGCCGUUGGUGGAGGGUUUGAGCUAUAUAAUUGGCGCUGGGCCUUUUAUAUUAAUCUCCUUUUUGGUGCUAUACUAUUGCCAAUCUACCUCUUUACUAUACCCUCAAGUGCACCUCUUCCAGGGGUUUCUAUCCGCAAGAAACUAGCCAUGUUCGACUGGCUGGGUGCUAUCCUCAGUAUUAGUGGCUUUGUUGCCCUCGUCAUGUCAAUCAAUUUCGGUGGUACCUUGUAUGCGUGGAAUAGCGGACAGAUUAUUGCCCUUUUUGUUAUUUCAGGCACUCUCUGGAUACUAUUUGCCGUUCAACAGAGCCUCAACUUUCUAACCACUAAGGAAAGCCGAAUGUUGCCUGUUCACUUAUGCGUUCAAAAGGAACCGAUACUACUGUUUAUUUCAUGUGCGGCAGUUGGUGCAGUUGCCUACAUCAGCGUUUAUUACAUUCCUAUUUAUUUCCAAUUCACCCGUGGAGAUACUGCUAUCCAAUCCGCAGUUCGACUACUACCCCUGAUUUUCUUACUCAUUACAUUCAUGAUAUUGAGUGGAGCCUUCAUGUCGAGAAUCGGAUAUUACAAACCUUGCUAUAUCAUUGGCAGUCUUCUGGCUUUAGUCGCAUCUAUACUGAUGGCAACAAUUGUCGGUAUCAAUUCCUCUCCAGGGUUGAUUUAUGGCUUAGAAGCUCUUCUAGGCAUUGGAGCUGGCAUUUACACGCAGGCAGCAUUUGCCAUCAUCCAGGCCGUCGUUGAUCCGGCAGAUGCAUCAAACGGAAUUACUCUUAUGUUAAUUGCACAACUCGGCGGCAUGACUCUCGGCCUGUCUAUUAGCGGUGCCAUCUUUGUCAAUACUGCUAAAGCCAACCUACUCAACUUACUCCCCAACUUAACCCAAAGUCAAACCCAGCAAAUUCUCUCUGGAACAAGCAGCAACGCCCUGCAAAUGCUCCCAUUGGAGAUACGUACACAGGCUUUAUCUAUUAUCGUCUCAGCCUGGCAGAAAACUUUUAUUUGUGCGUAUGUUGGUGCCGCAGCCAGUUUUGUCUGUUCUAUAUUCUUGUCGCACAAACGGGCCAACGUUACUGCACAGCCUGCAGGCCACUAA